AUGUACCAUUUUGGACAUGUUCUGAGAUAUCUCGGGCGGCCGUUGCACGUGAUUGAGCCGUGCGUUGGGCUCGGAGGGUUCCGUGAGUUCUGCCGCUUGUCCGAGGUGUCGUACCAUUCGUCUGGCGCGUUUGACUUCCACCCGUCUUUCCAGGGAUUCUACGACAACGUGAACCAGGGCACCAGCACCCCUGAGGCCAAGGGGCUUCGCCUGGGCCCUGUUGACGGCGACGUCAUGGGCCUCCCCAUCGAGGAGUUGCAAGACGCCGAGUUGCUGCUCUCAGGUCCGCCUUGCCAGCCGUUUGCAGAGGGCGGCCGCCAUGGAGGCGCUGACGACCCGCGAUCCGAGGUGUAUGAGACCGUCGUCGGUUGGGUGAUCGAGCUCGCCUGGCGCGGCGUCCUCGUCAUGUUCUUGAUCGAGAACAGCUGCAACAUGAAGUCCUACGCGUUCUUCUGGGAGAUGUUCAGGCGCCUCGCCAGCUGCAUCCCGUUCUUCGCCAUCGACGUCGUGGAGCUUGACCUGGCGGACAUAUACCCCCACAGGCGCAGGCGGAUGUGGUUGCGAGGUAUGCGGCGUGAUGCGUGCGGCCAUUCGUCAUUGCCUCAGCCACUUGGCCGCGCUGACAUGCAGGCGCCGUUUGGGGGCGUGUCCGACUCUCCUAGACGUCUUGUUGCCAGGCUGCCCGAACGUCGGCCCAGGCGACUUGUCCACCGAUCGCUUGCGGGACAACAUGAGCGCUUACACGGCCACGAUCAUCGAGGACCGCGAGAAGGGGAUCACAGGCACCAUCGCGGUCGUGGAGCUCGACCGUUCGCCCAAAAAGGUUUAUGGCACAAAGGUCAUGUACGAUGUCACGCCUCCCCUGAGGUGCACGGGCCCGUCUAUCUUCCUCUUCAGCGUGGACGACAUCGAUCUGGAGCUGACGAAGAGGAAGGUGCACCGCUUCCUGCUCGAUGA